CCACUUUUAACCUUAAACCUCAAGUCUCAUAUUCCAAACUUUAUAUCAUAGAAAAUAAAACAUUAUAAUUUAAAUUAAAAUUUCAUACACCUCAAAUUAAUCUCUAGGUACUUCAAACUAAUAUAUAUCCUUAUACACUAACAUUUAACAAACACUAGAACAAAAUUAAACAUAAUUAAUAAUCAAUUUUAAUUUUCUAUCCAAUAAGAGACAAGUGUGUGGAUUGUCAAUGUGAGCCCUUGAUAACUUUUAAUCUAAUGGUCACAUUUAAUCCGUACGUGUUUCUUCGUUUGUCCAAUCCCACUUUCCUCUUUUCUCUGUCCAACCACGUUUCUUCUCUUCUCUCUUCACCUUCUUCCAUGCCGAAUCUUCUUCCUCUCUACACCAUUCUUACAGUCUAAAGCAAAAUCAAUCUUUUGUUUUCCUUAAUGUUUGUCAUCUGUACUUUCAGAAACCUCUUCCCAAAUCGAUAACCCUAACUUCGGAAGCGAGAGUGAAAGAAACUGAAGAAGAGAGAACAGAAGAAUCGUAAACGGAGAGGGAUCCGUCUAUGGACUCGAUUCUCACUAUCGUCACCACCAUCUCUCUCUCACUCUCCUCUGUUGGAAUUUCUCCUUAUGGCCAUUAACAUGAGCUUCAUUGUUGAAAUUGCAGGUCGUAAAAAAACUUUCAGAUCUGGUGCAGUAAAAAGCCAGAGGUUCUGGGUUUUGUAGAACAAUUUCGAACAGAGAAGACACGGCCGGAGAGGAAGACGGAGGAGACACCGCCAGAGAGGAAGACGGAGGAGACACCGCCGGAGAGGAAGACGGAGGAGACGCGGCUUGAGAGGAAGACUGAGGAGACACGGUCGGAGAGGAAGACGGAGGAGACACGGCCGGAGAGCAAGACGGAGGAGACACCGCCGGAAACCAAGGAUUUUUGCAGACUUGUGUUAGAUGCUAUGAUGUAAUCUUGAAUAAAUGACCGUUGGUUUGCCUCAAGUAGUGGUGUGGCCCAGGCAGAGUCCAGUGGAGUUCAAUAUCUUUUUUUACUAUUUUCACACUCUAAAAAACUUGGACAUGCAAUUGUAAGUGACAUAUGCUAGUUCAUGAUAAUUUUGCACUAACUUAACGUAAUCUUGGAUAGACCCUAUUUUGUUUUGUUCUUUUGUUUUUUUUUUUUGUUUUUUGCUUUAAAACCUAUUUUGUUAUACCGAUUGAUUUUAAACACUACCUAAACGAAAUGGUAAGAAUGUAAGAUAGUAAAAGUGACUUUUUAGUUACCAGAAAAUAAGAUUUUCAUCUAAAAUUCCUUUAUUUUGGUUAAAAAACUAAACCGAUAAUAUUAGCAAGUUCCGAAAUUCCAUCAUUAAGCAUAUCUUAUCCAACUACCUCGUAUUAAAACUUAACGUAAACAUCAUUAUGUCGGCCUCUAUUGUGUUUGUUACAAUCCAAUAAAGCAUUUCUCUCCAACAUUAUAGUUUUCUUUUUUUCUUUUAUCUUUCUUUUUCGGGUAAAAGCGAUAUUCUUAGAGCAUCUCCAACUCACCUUUAUAUUUGUCUCUAUAAUAGCAUUUAGAGAUAAAACCACUCCAACCCUACUCUAUUUAUUCUUCUAAAAUAGAAAUUGCUAUUUUCACCUCUAUAUUUAGAGGAAGAAAUAGCAUUCCUCUAUAAUAGAUGCAUACUUUUUUAUUUACAAAAUGAUCCUUUAACUUUUUACUUUAACAAUUAUAACCAAAAUAAAUAUUUUUUAGUGAAAAUUUACUGUUUAUAUAAAUAUAUAAUCAUACUUUUUAUUUACAUAAUAGUUUCUAUAAAAAUAUUCAGUGUAAAUAAUAUCAUAAUUUUAUGAAUGUUACAAUAAAUUGGAUUGGUUUUCAACUUUCACAAAUAAAAGGUACUAUUUGUAAAAUUAGAAAAGAAUAUAUCAAAAAUAUUCAUUUUUAGAGAAAGAAAUAGAGGAAUACAUUGGAGAUAAACUUAUUUCUAUUAUAGAGUUUUUCUAUUUUAGAGGAAAAAAUAGGGAAAUACAUUGGAAAUGGUAUUGUGGUCGACCUCAAGCUUUUGAUUACCUCAUGGGCUUUCAAUGUUUCGGGCCUGUGGUUUCAGAAUAUAGGCUUCUUCCCGUGCACGUGCACGUGUUCCCUGAUACAACGUGAUUCUGUACUGUAGUCAAAUUAAUCUGUAACAUUUUCAAUACAUUAAAAGAGAUUCUUUAAAGAAAAGAGAGAGGGGAAAAUCUCAUUAUUGAUAUGUCGAGCAGCAACCCAAUUUCUUGAUGGCAGAAACAUCAUCUCUGCUUCCAACAUGUAUCAUCUGUCCUCUAGGCAAAGCUGUGGUUAAAUCAUCUCUAGCUUCAAGAGCCUUUUUGCUAACGACUCUGUAAAUCUGAGUGAAAACUUAUGUGAAAGCGUUUUCGACAUUUAAAGCUUCGAGUGCCGAAGUCUCCAUGAAGAAAGUGUUCUCUUUCUCUGCAAAAGCUUUCAUUUCUUACGUUGAGAUGGCUCGAAGGUGAACGAGUGAAAGAUACUUGCAACAGCGAAGCUAAAAUCUGGAAGGAUUUUUCUUUUGGUAAACUUUUUUGAUGGGUUUUCUAUUCUUUCAAGCCUAAAAAAUAGAAAAAUUGCAGAAUCAAUCAAUAUCUCAGAUAGAAAUAAUUUCAUGGACAACUUGAGUCACAAAACAAAACCAACCGGAUUAUGUUUCUAGAUCACAAACAAGAAAAAAUUCUGACUAGCUUUGACCAAAUUAUGAACGAGGUGUUAAACCUACAACAAUGAUUUCAUAGUUCUUUUUUUUUUAUCAACGAUUUCAUAGUUCAUAUUACUAAGUACAUCAUAGAAGGGUAUUGUUGGUAUGAUUUGUUAUAAAAAACAGCUAGAGAUUAUGUACAUCUAUUCAACUUUCAUUAUUUGGGAAAAGAAAAUCAAACGUGAAAGAAGAUCAAACAUGGAAAUUAAUUGUUAUUUUCAACAUUCAGCAUGAGAAGGAAAUUCUAUAAGGCAGUAAAAAUAACCAUUAAUUUUCAUAUCAUCUAGACGUUGCAAUCAUUAGCCAAAAACGUAUCGCUCUUAAAUAAGGUAAAUCCACAAUUCUUCAAUUUGUCAGCAACACUUGUUGGACAAUGAAGAACCAAAUGUGAUAAGACUUUUUUUUAGUUUUUAAGUUCUUUAUGGAAGUCUCCAUCAGAUGAAAUAAGCAUGAAAUUACCAUGAGCCGCUAACUCUUCAUAAGAAAUGUCCUCCGAAUUUCUAUACAACAAAAGUCAAUUAAAAAGGACAAAGACCUUCUUUUCUUAAGCAUAUUAACCAAUUAUUGUAUAUGAACAUCUGGCAUUUGGUCUAGUAUAUGAUUCUUGUUUUGGGUGCGAGAGGUUCUGAGUUUGAUGUAAACUUACUUUGAGAUGUUUCCAUCGCGUUUAGAAAAAAAAAAUGUAUGAGACUCGCAUACAAUUACUCUAACAUUUCAAAUGAAAGGCAAACUAAACAAUCUCAUACGAUGAACGUGUGGUUAUAAAGUUAUAAAAUAAUGAGACAAAAGAUUUCAAGAUAUUUUUUCUUAACUUAAAUGUCCAAUAACAGGGCAUUUGGUCUAGUGGUAUGAUUCUCGCUUAGGGUGCGAGAGGUCCCGAGUUCAAUUCUCGGAAUGCCCCAUUAGUUUUACUUUCAGGAUCGACUACAUGAUCAAAAUAACUGAUAGAACAUGAUGCAAACUGUAUCAUUACAAUCAGAUCAACUAGCUUACGUCCCUUGAACAACAGCCGCUUCCCUCUCUAACCAAAUCAAAAUCCUAAACUGAUUCUAGUUCCCUCAAUUGCAAUGUUGGCGUUUCAGUCGAUAUCAUCCAAAUACGGCACCGUUUUGCUGAAAGGGGAUUCUGAAGGCGAUUGCGACUAGGGUUUAGAGAUGGAUUCGGCGCAGCCGCCGGACUUAUCUGGGACGGCUCCGGCUACGAGUAAGGUUCUGGAAGGCUCAGGGCACGGGUUCGCAGGCCCUGAGAACGGAUUGACGCGGAAAGAAGGAUUUCCACACAAAGCUCUUUCGUGGGCUGGUAUCGCGCAGGAGAAGAAGGUAUUGAGGAAAUACACUCUCGAUGUUACAAAUUCGGAGGGUCAGCUCAACGUGGAGAUCCCCGAUGAAGUUGUCAUCAACGUGAAUCCCCUUUGGGAAGAUUUUAUAAUCGGGAAUUUUCUGGACACAGCGCCUCAUAUUGCGAGGAUUCAUGCCGUUGUGAACAAAAUAUGGAGAGAUGGAGGUAAAGGGCAGGCAGUGGAGGUCUUUGUGGUUGACUCCACAACCAUCAAGUUUCGGGUAGGAGAUAUUGCUAUGCGAAACAGAAUCUUGCGCAGAGGGAUGUGGAACAUAGGGAACAUCCCUAUGGUAGUCGCAAAAUGGACUCCGAAAGAGUUGGAGGAGAAACCAGAAGUCAAAUCGAUACCACUUUGGGUACAUCUCAAGAACGUUCCGAUGAAUAUGUUCUCUUGGGAAGGCCUAAGUUUUAUCACCAGUGCUGCAGGUCACCCAGUGAAGCUCCACCCAGAGACAGCAGCGUGCUCGAACUUCAAGCUCGCAAAAAUCUUUAUCAACGCUGAUCUCUCAAAGGAACUACCGAGUAAAAUUAAUUUCACCAAGAAUGGGAAGUCUUCACCUGUUGAAUUCAUAUAUCCUUGGUUACCUGUACGCUGUCAUACCUGCAACAAAUGGGGUCACACAGACAAGGUCUGUGUAAUGAACAAGAAGGAAGAAUCUCCAAGAACGGUCACAGAAAUAAUACAAGCAGGGUAUCUUGCCAUGAAAACUGCAGAGGCAAACAACACCAUUGAGAUGAACAACAACAAGGAGGAGCCACAAAAGAAGGUAGUGGCAGGGGAGGAAGCUGAGGAAGCUAUAGUUGAGGGAAAGGAGACAGUUGAGGAGGGGGAGGCUGAAGUAGACUCACGCGAGGUAGAUGCGGUUGGGAAAAAUGCAGAGGAAAUAGAAGAACCAGAGGAGGGUGAGGUAGUUGGGGCAACUGAGGUCUGGGCUCACGUGUCUCCCGGGAAAACAAGUAGAAGCCCAAAAUCAUUGGAGUCUGCUCAGGUUACACUAGCAUCGAGAUUCUCUGCUCUGGAGAGUGCAGAUGAAAAUGGAAAUCUGGUAGUAAACAUAGGAGAACUGGUAGUAAGCAAUGAGGAAAGUGCGUUGGAGGAGUGUGAAGAGGAAGUCAGUAAGGAGAUAUGUGAUAUGGGAAGGAGGCCAGAAGAAACUCAAGAGGGAAAGGAGCCGGAUAAGCAGUUGGAAAUGGAACAAAGCAGACGGAAUGGAAGCAAAACAGGUAAAGAGGAGAAUCAAGGAAGUGUUAGUGGAGAAAGAAGUCUACGACCCUCUUUGCCGAGAAGCUCAAAGACUAACCACAAAAUCCUUCAUGAGCACUCAAAUAAGGAAACAGACCCUGGUACUCAGGGAAAACGGUCCCGCAAAUCUUCUCAAUGACUGGUUUCUUCUGGAA